GUGUCAACAAGAGCGUUCUACCUGAAAUUAGAAUUACAGACAUUUUAGAUUCACUUAAGUGAGUUUAAUGGUUUGGUUCUUUCCGUGCGUUUAGAGGUGAAUUAAUCAUGAAGAUAGAGGGUGCCGUGGCCUUAGUUACCGGCGGUGCUUCAGGAAUUGGAAAGGCAAUCUGCGAGAAACUUUUACAAGGGGGAGCGAAGGUUCAGUUCCUUGACAUCAACAAAACAACCGGUGAAGAAACACUGAAGAGUUUGAACAACCAACACGCUAACGGACGUGCCAAAUUUAUAUGCUGUGACGUCACUUCUCAAGAUCAGUUAGAAGCUGCAUUUAGAGCCACAGUGAAGGAACACGGCAGACUUGAUAUAUUGGUCAAUAACGCAGGAGUACUUGACGAACAGGAUUGGGAGAAAACCCUCAACGUGAAUCUGCAUGCUGUCAUUCGAAGUACCUUUCUUGGAAUUGAGCUCAUGAAGAAUGGCGUUAUCAUAAAUAUGUCGUCAACUGGAGGGAUCCAUCCAGUUUCCUUUGCACCGACUUACUGUGCUUCAAAGUUUGGUGUCAUGGGAUUUUCAAGAAGUGUCGCUCCAACAGCCGUAAGAAAAAAAGGCAUACGGGUGAACUGUGUAUGUCCAGGAAGUACAGACACGGAUAUUUACAAGUCAGUGGUGAACUUGGAGCUGACUAGGGAGCAACAAGAACUCCUGGUUAACACGCAUAAACAGAAACCAGAGGCUGUAGCGCAAUGCAUAGUUGAUUUGAUCAAAGAUGAGUCGACUGAAGCUGGGCAAGUGGUAAAAGUAACUUACGAAGAUGGUGUGGAAUAUCUCAACUUCAAUGACGUACGUAGAAUGUCCAACCUCGUUCCCAGGGCAAGGAAACCUUUUGACAAGCGCUCACAAGUGCACAAAUCCAUGCCCGGGUGGCCUCGUCCCUAUGCACUCGUUUUAGUCUUCACUCGGCCGCCGCCAUUAUUGCAAAGAAUGAAGAUCUCGGGCUGUGUAGCUUUUGUGACUGGUGGAGCUUCAGGAAUAGGGCGAGGAAUUUGCGAAACUUUGCUGCAGUGUGAUGCUAAGGUUGCAAUAGUUGACAUAAGCAAUGAAAGAGGCAGAGAGGCAGUGAUAACUUUGGGUGAGAAGUAUGGAACUGGAUCCAUAACUUUCAUCAGAUGUGAUGUUUCUGUUGAGAACAGUUUGAAAGCUGCCAUGACUGUUCAAGACAGGAUUUCUUCAUAUAAUGUCAAUACAGUGCAAACUCGAUUUGACGAAGUGCCAAGGGAUUGGGGAAAUUGGUUGGUUAUAUCAAGGGUUCAUCAUAUCGAGGGGGGAGUCAUCCAUGGAACUCUUCUUGCCAUUGAUAAUAUGAAAAGUGGUUCAGUUAUCAUUAACACGUCAUCCACUGCAGGCCUAGCACCAUGGAAACUUGCUCCGGUAUAUUGUGCCACAAAACACGGAGUUAUUGCUUUCACUCGAAGUAUUGCAAAAGCAGCCAUCAGAGAUAAAGGAAUCCGAGUUAACUGCAUAUGUCCAGGAAGAACAGACACAGAAAUGGACUUUCCAAGACACAGAUUAACAAAGGAGGAAAUCGAAGCUCAGGAUAGCCUUCCUAAACAACCAGUUGCGGAUGUGGCAAAGGGGGUUGUAGAAUUGAUCGAGGACGACUCCAAAAUUGGCGAGGUCCUAGUCAUUUGUGUUACAGAUGGAACAAAAUACAAACAAUUUCUGGAUGAGCUAUAUCUGUGAUAUCUAUGGAACAUUAACUCACUGACUCCGAAGAGUUCCUCGCAUCUAUUUCCU